AAACUUGAAGAUAAGUCUCACAAAGUAGCCACAAAAAGACUACCUGAGUCUUCUCUUCUUGAGGAUAUGGUGUUGGGUCGUGAUAGUGAUAAAGAAGCUAUUCUUCAAAGGUUACUAGAAGAUGGAGGCAAUCUCAAACAAGACUUUGUUAUUCCCAUUGUUGGAAUGGGUGGACUAGGGAAGACAACUCUUGCUCGGCUCAUCUACAACGACAAAAGAUUGGAAGGGAAGUUUAACUUCAAGGCAUGGGUCUGUGUUUCUGAUGAGUUUGAUGUUGCUCGAAUAACAAGAACUAUUUUAGAACAGAUAACUAGGAAAAAGUGUGUUUUUGAUGAUUUCAGUUUACUUCAAGAGGAAUUGAAAGGGAAUUUAUCAGGGUGCAAGUUUUUUCUUGUUUUGGAUGAUGUUUGGAAUAAGGAAUAUGGCCAAUGGGAUGUCUUGAAGAGACCUUUCAUGUCUGGAGCUCUUGGAAGUAAAAUAAUUGUCACAACUCGAAAUAAGGAUGUUGGGAUGAUGAUGAGAGGAGAUGAUGGCAUUUACAAGUUAGAACUGCUGCAAGAUGAUGCUUGUUUGCCAUUAUUUACACAACAUGCACUUGGGAAAGAGAACUUUGAUGCGCACCCAAACCUAAAAGAUGUUGGUGAGAAGCUUAUUAAGAGGUGCAAAAGAUUGCCAUUGGCAUUAAAAACCCUCAGUGGCAUCUUGCGGGGAAAGCUGCAUCGUGAUGAGUGGGAAAAUGUAUUAAAUAGUGAGAUAUGGAGUUCAUCAGAGGAUAGAAGUGGAAUUCUUCCUGCUUUGAGAUUGAGCUACAAUCAUCUUCCUUUUCGCUUGAAGCGAUGCUUUGCUUAUUGUGCUUUGUUCCCUAAAGACUAUGAAUUUGACAAAAAGGAGUUGGUUCUGUUAUGGAUGGCUGAGGGCUUGUUACAGCAACAGUCACAUGGAAAAAGGCAAAUGGAAGAAGAGAUUGGUCAUCAAUAUUUCCAAGAGUUAUUAUCAAGAUCACUCUUUCAGCAAUCCAGCAGAGUUGAAUCGCGGUUUGUGAUGCAUGACCUCAUAAAUGAUUUAGCUGUAAAUGUUGCUGGAGAAAUAUAUUGCAAUCUUGAACGUAGCAUGGGUGAUGAAAAAUUUGAGAAGGCUCGUCAUUUGUCAUUCACUCCACACUUAUAUGAAAUAUCAAACAGAUUCAUAGUCUUGGAUAAAUUGAAGCAUUUGAGAACAUUCUUUCCACUAGUAAAGCUCUCUUGCAAUUAUAUGUCCUAUUUGUCUUACAAAGUCUUGGAUGACUUCUGGCCAACUUUAAAUCGCUUAAGAGUGCUAUCUCUUUGCAGUUAUCAGAUAAGCAAGCUACCUGAUUCUUUUGAAAAUUUGAAACAUAUUCGGUACAUUGAUUUGUCCCGUACAGAAAUCAAAUGUCUACCUGAAUCAGUGGGUUCUCUUCUAUUUUUGCAAACACUAUUAUUAUCUGGUUGCCAAGAGCUUACUAAGUUACCUACAACGAUUGGGAAUCUAAUUGACCUUCAUCAUCUUGAUAUUUCUAAUACGUCAUCUUUAAAAGAGAUGCAAUCAAAAAUAGGUAAUCUUAAAAAUCUUGUAACAUUGUCUAAAUUGAUAGUGGGGAAGGCAAGUGGACUGAUGAGGUUAUCUGAUUUGAAGAACUUGGCACAACUUCAAGGAGGAUUGUCUAUUGUAGAUCUACAGAAUGUUUUGGAUGUUCAGGAUGCUAGGGAGGCCAACCUAGACAAGAUCCAUGGUUUGAAAGAGUUAGUCUUGGAGUGGACUACUUCUGAUAAUGAUCCAGAUGAAUUGGCCCUUGAAAUGCGAGUCCUCUGCUUGUUAAAACCUCAUUCAAAUUUAAUGAGUCUUGAAAUUUCUGGCUAUGGUGGUGAGAAUUUCCCUCCCUGGGUUUGUGAUCCAUCAAUAUUUUUCAAUUUAUCAUCCAUGGAGUUCUACAAUUGUAAGAGAUGCACUUCGUUACCAUCACUUGGCCUACUACCUGCUCUCAAAAAAUUGAUUAUUAUAGGCAUGGAGGCAAUAGAAGCUAUAGGUUCUGAAUUUUAUGGGGGACAUGACUCUUUUCCAUUAUUGGAGAAACUGAUGUUUGUAAACAUGUUAAAUUGGAAGGAAUGGACUUCCCCAACUGGAAGUGAAGGUGAAUUCGUUUUUCUUCAUAGGCUUGUGAUUAGAAAUUGCCCAAAGUUGUGCCAAUUACCUAGCAACCUUUCUUCACUUAAAGAGUUGGAUGUCAAAAGGUGCAAUGCGAUGCUUUUGAAGAGUAUGGGUGAUCUCACCUCGCUUGUUAAUUUGAGUAUUGAGGAAACUUCAGAACUGACUUGCUUGCGGAAGAAUUUUACACAGUCCUUGACAACACUUGAGACUUUGUCUAUUGGAAAUUGCAAUGACCUUACUUGUCUGUGGGAGGAAGGGGCAGAAAGAGAACAAAGCCUUUUGCCUUUCAAUCUUAAACAUCUUAGCCUUGAGUAUUGUAGAGCUUUGGAGUCAUUACCCAAUGCAAUGAUGAUGAGGAUGGAUGGAAGUAGUAGCACCAACAGUAGUAUGUUGAUGUCGAGACUGGAAAAGUUGAAAAUUUGUGGUUGUGAUUCUCUCAAAUCUUUUCCAAGAGGCAAAUUACCCAUCUCGCUUAAACACUUGACGAUAGUAGGCUGUAAAGGUCUUGAGUCUCUACCAGAUGCUGAUGGUGACAAUAAUAAUAGCAAUCUACACUUGGAAAUAGGCAAUGUUCCAUGUUUGUAUUCUUCUGAGGGUUGUCAUAAACUACCAGCUUUUCUUAAGAAAUUUGCAGUUGCUGAUGGUGGCGAGUGGUUGGAAUCAUUUCCAGAGAAUAUAUUGCAACAUUGUACGGAACUUCAUUCCAUUAUAAUUAAAAAUUGUAAAAUACUGAAGAGUUUACCCACCCUGGAUUGCGUCAGCAAUCUCCUUGACUUAUCUAUUGACAACUGUGAAGCUUUGGAGUACUUACCAGAAGAGUUGGGGUUAUACACCCCCAAUCUGAAGGAUUUGAGAAUAAUACGGUGUGAGAAUUUCAUAUCCCUCCCAAAUACGAUGUACCAACUGAAAUCUCUUGGAAGGCUAGAGAUGAGAAACUGUCCCGGCAUCGAGUUCAUUCUAGAUGGGGUUUUGCCCCCAAACUUAAGAAAGCUUCAAUUAAGUGGGUGUAAGAAUCUCAAGUGUGUGCCGAAUACAAUGUAUCAGCUCACAUUGCUUUGGAAACUAAUGAUCCCAGGUGGGGCUCUGACAAUGGGCCUCCAAAACCUAACAUCUCUUCAAGACUUGACAAUUGAGCAGAAAUUCCCUCUGGAUAUUGUGCUACCUUCUUCUUUAACUUGUCUUGGGAUCUGGAAAGAAGAAAAUUUGAAAUCCAUACGUGGGCAACUCUUCCAAAACCUAAGCUCCCUUAAAGAGUUUUGGAUAGCUGACUGCCCCAGGCUACAAUCUUUGCCAAGGGAAGCUUUCCCUCCCUCGCUUGGAGAACUGCGCAUUGGUGGGUGUCCACAUCUAAAACGACAGCGGUUUGAGGCGAAAGGAGACUAUUGGACUCUCACCUGGAGCAUCCCCUGGGUUGAGAUAGAGGAGGAUGAGGUAAUAAGACCCUGGUGUGAACUGAAACGGGCAUCACCAUUUUAUGCUUUUCAUAUGAGAAUUUAGAAAAAUUAUAAUAGAUAACACUUUUCUUUGACUUGUGCUACCUUUUCUCAUGUACAUAUGUUGUAAAUCCAUUUUGCAGGGUGUUUUUUCCCCCAUUUAUUGAGAUAAAUAACACCAAGCCACUCCACAAUGUUACUGAUUAUUUGAAAGGGGAUGAGUGGUUGGCCCAAGCAUUGCGAGAAUUCACAAAUAUAUUGAUAAAGCCACAACCACGAAUGAGCUUGCAAGUCGCUAAAUGAGGUUCUUAGGCAAGCCAACCCAUUCGAAUUUUGAAUUCAUUACUGCAGAUCCUAUGUUUUCCAUUUUGAAGAAUUGGGAAGAGUUUCGAAACAAGAAUUGAGUUUUGAUUCAAAAGGAUAUUCUCAAUGGUACCCUCCUUUCCUGCCACAUGUUUUUUGGUGUUUUUCCAUCUGGACUAGCCUUUGUACAAAUUAGAUUUUUCUGCUAUCUAGAACUGGAAAACGGAUAUCACCAUUGCUGAAUUAAACAAUCUUGCAAUCUGACCAUGUCAAGCUACAUAUUCUUCAACUACAGGAUUAGUUAAAAGGUGAUUGAUCCAAGAUUCCUAGUUCAAGCCUCCCUUUUUAGGCAAGUUCUUUUUUCAACAAGUAGGAGCUGGAUGCUUUGAUAUUAACACUGCCUUUCAUAAGGGAGGUGAAGCUUCUGGUAUAUAUGAUGAGUCAGAAAUGAAUGAUCCAACAAUGUGCAUUGUGUUUCCUCUUUCUCAUCAACCAAGAUUACGGAACAAACACAGUUGCUUUAACUGCUGCUUUACUUAACAAUGGAUUGAUUGGCAAAGUAGCUUCAAGUUCUAACGACUUGAUGAAAAAUGGUGGUGCUCACAAGAUCCAUUAUAGACUCAUAGUUGCAGCUACAAGCUUCUACCCUCCAAAGAAUGCCCUCUCUAGUAAGGACAUGGAUUUUCUUUGAGUUUUUCUUGUAACUUCCCUUGAUCAAUUCCCUUAAUCAAGGACAAUUCGAGGAUAUAUUUUAAAGUGGAUGGAGUAAUGCUUCAAGGCAGCAUUAUGCAAAAAUCAUUUCAAGGAUUCCUUUGUUGUAUAUAUCCAUACAUCUGGCGUUGCGAAAAGUCUUCAUGAACUCAUACAUGAACUGCAUGGGGCUUGGAUGAAAUAUAUCAAGUCAUGGGAGCUUUAAAAUAAUGGCUAGUGGCUGGUUUUGAUCAUCAUUGCAAAAAUAGUAGAGAGACAGUGAGAGUGAGUUGCAACAGCAGUAAGGUCAGUAGAGGAGUUAGUUCUGCCAGAUGAUUAGUCAUUUUGGUCUCCGGUUCCUCUUGGAACGCGCUUAGCAUACUUGGUGAGAUUUAUCCCAAAUUUAAUGGCAGAUUUUGACUUCCAGCUUUAUUAUGAUGAUGACUGUGACAUUGGUGAUCCAAGAAUUUAUUUUUGAUGAUUUAUUGUUAUGUACAAUCUCUGGUGUUUCCUAAAGUAGAAGAAACUUCGUUGUUGUCAUAACCCAAUUUUAAUAGGGGCUAAAUGACAAAAUUAGAGGUCUAUGGACUAUUGUUGCAAAAAAAUGAAACUUGAAGUGCUCAAAGGAGGAAUCAACAAAACGACAUUCACCAAAACAGAAAAAAAAAAAAAAUUGCUUGGCUUAUCCUAAAUCCACUCAGGUUUUGAAGAUAUUUUGGGAGAUCGAAAGUUAUCAACAAGAGGUGCAAAAGAAGAGUUCAAAAUAGAUUCAAAGUGGGGAGUUCUAAACAUAAAAGGUAUGAAUCUAGACUUGAAAAGAGGAAGAUGUGGGAAAAACUAAGAAAUCCCAUUCCAGAUAAGAUUUCCAGAUAAGAUUGAGUUGUUAUCUUAGGGAUUGGGAUUGAGUAUUAGAAGCAUAUUAGGAUUGGGUUUUUUCCUUUGUCUAUAAAAAGGGAUCUUUGGCUUUAGAGAGAAAUUCGAGAGUUGAGAAGGAGAAAGAAAGCAAAAGCUGAAAGAGAAGAAAAGGGAGAAGAAACCGAGAGAAAGCCAAGAAAAAAAAAAAAGCAGAACCAGAGGUGAAGUAGCUGUAGAGGGUGAGCGAAGAAGAAACUUGUAUUUGAAAUUUUAUAAAAUAAUAAAGCUUUAAUCCUUCAGCUCCAUACAGAUCUCCAGAUUAAAUCUCUUAUAACUAACAAUCCAUUAAAUGAAUGUAUAAAAUCUCCCAUUAAACUUUAGUUUAUAAGAUCAUGAUCUAUAUCUCAAAUCUAUAUUCACUUUACAAAAUGGCUAGCUUUCUAACUCGUCACUCCCCUCAGUUUCUCCGUCCUCGGUUUCGCUUCCUGAAAUGGUGGACAAGGAAAACUAUGAGAUAACUCAGUAAGUAAAUAUGGAUAACCCUUAGGUAAAACUUUUAGCAUGCCAGAUAAACCAUGUAAGUAUAACAGAACUUUCACUGAUAAACCGUUAAUGCGGAAAUCAAUUUCCGUUCAAUUG